UUCGCCGGAAUCCUAUCGGCUUCCCAAUUUGCUAAACCUAAACUUCCUCAGAACACCAAUUUGAAACCCAAUCUGCCAGUUCAACCCUAACCCCAAAUAAAAAUCCAUCGCCAUUUACAGUAGGAAGGUGAAGACAAUCCAUCGCCAUCGCCAUCGCCAUCGUCGGUCGCCACUCGUUCUUCGGAGCUAUGAAUAGGUUAACCCAUUUAAAACCUAUUUUCCUCUUUCUAUCUUCAAUAGAAUGAGAUAAUGGGAUGCUCUGCAAUUUGAAACCCUCAAUGGCUGAAUCAUCUAUCAUUAUAAAUGGGAUUGUAUUUUGAUAUUAAGAAAGAUCCAAAUAUUUAGUGAAAUAAAAAGAAUAAGAAGAACAAAAAUCCAAUUCCUCUCUGGGUAAAUCUGCAUCCCCGUCUCUGUAUAUAUAUAUAUACACACACAUCACUCUUAUCCUAUAUAUACAUCACUCUUGUAUUGAACUAUGUAUAUGCAUAAGUUCUCACCAGCCAAGCCUUCAACAUCCAUCAAUUGCAUAAGCCAUCAAGCCCUCACUGCUAUAUAGUAUAUUGUAUAUAUUAGAUAUAUAUGUAUUACAUAUAAAAUACAUAUUAUUGCUCUGUUCUUCACCACCGUCUCAAACUGAGCCUCUCCACCAAAAAUUGGGUUCACUCUUCAGUGAAAGUUGUGAUGGAACGAAGGUGGUUGUCAAGAUGGAAUGAUUAAAGAGAUGGCUUUGGGGUAUCAAUUUAAGGGAAAGAAGAGUCAAAUCGUCGGUGCUAGGUAAACCCCCUCCCACUCCAACAUCAUCUUCUUCCCCGGCAUCGUCGCCUCCUCUUUCUUAUUCACUCAUCUUCCCUUCUACUCUUAUCUUCCAAUCCAAUUCCGAACUAACAGACUCACCAAACCCAAUUGCAAAAUUCCCAUCCUCGUUGACUCCUCAACAGGCCGUUUCGACGGUAACAAACUCACCAAGCCCAAUUGUAAAAUUCUCAACUAAUGGCCAAACCCAUAUUAUAAAUAAAACUUCCCGCUGCAACAGACGUCACGUCGGUGGGUCUUGUCGUCGUCGAAACACCAUCACAAUAUUCUCACAGUUAUCGCCAUCGCCAUCAACUUCAUACUUGACUGCUACUUGGUGAUAUUCCAGCCAUAGCUGAAGCAACGGUGUCUUGGUCGAGAUUUAGGGUGAGAGCACGGCACCGGAGAUGGAGAUGCGUGCUGCCGGCAAGUUCGCAGCGGUGGCGGUGGCGGUGGCGGUGGCGGCAACAGCAGGUUCACAGCGGUGAUGAGGUCGCGACGGCGAUAUUGAGAGAGAAAAUGUGGCUGAGGGGCGGUGGUGAAAUUCAUAUAUGGUUUGGUUUUAAUUUAGGAAUUUUUUUUAUUUUUCAAUUUUAAUUUUAUACAUUUAAUAGUAUAAGGGUAGCUUUGUCAUUUUAAAGAUAUAUUUCUGGCAUGCGUGCAUCACGCGCCCAAUUGGCCGGAGAAAUCAAACGGAACUUCAUCAUUGGGUACAUUUUACAAAAAAAAAUUGAUAGUUCAGGAUGUUAAUUGUAAAAAAAAUAGUUCAGGGGGUUUUUAGGGAGAAAGAGUAAAGUUCAAGGGUUUUUUUUUACACUUUAUCCUUUUUUUUUCACAUAAUACUACAAAAGGACAUUGUUGAUAUUUAAAAUAAAUAAAUAAACAAUCUACUCCUGGUAAUCAGUUGUAGACAAAGUACACAGAGAAAGAGAGAGAAUGGAGUCACCUUUCAAGGCAGAUACACUGAAAGGCAAGGUAGCCCUAUUGACCGGAGGUGGGUCUGGAAUUGGGUUCGAGAUCUCCACACAGUUUGGUAAACAUGGAGCCUCAAUCGCCAUCAUGGGACGACGCAGGCGGGUUCUUGACUCCGCCGUCUCCACACUCCGAUCAAUCGGAAUUCCGGCUGUCGGCUUUGAGGGGGAUGUUCGCAAGCAAGAAGAUGCAAGAAGAGUUGUUGAAUCAACUAUCAAGCAUUUCGGUAGGAUCGACAUUCUUGUUAAUGCUGCAGCUGGCAAUUUCCUUGUGUCAGCUGAGGAUUUGUCCCCUAAUGGGUUUCGGACAGUUAUGGAUAUUGAUUCUGUUGGCACGUUCACAAUGUGCCAUGAAGCACUUAAUUAUCUUAAGAAAGGAGGACUAGGAAGAAGCUCAUCUAGUGGUGGAACUAUUCUGAACAUCAGUGCUACCUUGCAUUACACAGCAGCUUGGUAUCAAAUCCAUGUAUCUGCAGCCAAGGCGGCUGUUGACGCCAUUACAAGAAACUUGGCGCUGGAGUGGGGUACAGACUAUGAUAUCAAAGUCAAUGGGAUUGCACCAGGCCCAAUAGGUGAUACUGCUGGCAUGAGAAAACUUGGACCUGAAGAGAUGGAUAGUAAAGCCAGAGACUAUAUGCCUCUGUAUAAACUCGGGGAGAAAUGGGAUAUUGCCAUGGCUGCUCUCUACCUUGCAUCAGAUGCUGGUAAAUACAUCAAUGGGACCACUAUGAUUGUUGAUGGAGGACUUUGGCUAAGCAGGCCUCGCCACCUACCAAAAGAGGCAGUGAAGCAGCUUUCUCGUGCUGUGGAAAAAAAAUCGAGAGAUGCACCUGUUGGGGUUCCAACCAGUAAACUGUAACCCUAACUCGGAGCAAUUUUGAUCAUGCAUUAUAUACCUAAUAUCCUCCCACCUGGAGUGGAAUUAUAGUUUAUUAGGUCCAUCAUUUAGACAAGUGAAUAAUGUAUACUUAAUUACAUCGCUUCAGGGUUCAUGCUACAAUUUCAAAUCCCUUGCAAAAUAAUUUCUGCUCUUUUUAUCUUAUAUUAUGCUUCAGUUGGAUUCUUCAAUAUCUAUAUCUAUACUUUUGUAUGUUUGAUACAUGGAUCUUAAUUACAUCGCUUCUCUUUCUUUUUAAA